AUGAACACGCCACCAUCCGACGAAGAGUACCAGAUUGCCCUCAACCGCAUGAAGCACCGGAAGUCCCCUCGCCCAGACAACAUCCCAAUGGAACUUCUGAAACAUGGUAGACUACUAUUAAACAUUAGUCUGUUCACAUUGAUUUUCCGAAUGUGGAAGAACCGCCAUGUUCCCGAAUACCUCAAAGAUGUUGUUAUUACCACCAUUUUCAAAAAAGGAGAUAGAAAGAUCUGUGGGAACUUUCGUGGCAUCUCACUGCUCUCCACCGAAGGGAAAAUCUUUGCAAGGCUCCAUCUGGAUCGUCUCGCAGAAUUGAAGUCACGAAGACUGACCAGGGAGCGAAAGAUCACUGAACUUCCGUAUGCUGAUGACAACGCAGCGGUCUGUCACUCCUGUGAACAGCUUCAAAAAUCGGUGAAUAGCUUCACCAAUGCUUACACUAAAAGUCAACAUCAAAAAACAAAAAGUCUGGCACAACUAGUUCUAAGUCAGGAAACUCCAGACUUCAACAUUACCAUCUCAGAGACAUCACUGGAGAAAGUCGACCACUUUUCAUACUUAGGAAGUUUGCUUCCGAACAAGUGCAUAUCGGGAAACGUUGUGGAGAACCGAUUCAGAGCGACUCACACCUCUUAUGCUAAAAACAAGAGUUAA